AUUCAUCAAACACACCACCGCCAGAAGAUAUAUAGUCGUGAUAUAAUUAAUGUCGCGAUCAGUAAUUUUGCAGGUAUUGGUCGUGAUGAUCAUGUGUUAUUGUCGCCGGCUUAGCUCCGGCAAGAACAUGGAUUUGUGCGGCACCAAAGACGACCAGCGCCUGUGCACUGCAAGCAACAGUAACGGAUUCUGCAACCCAGACGAUUUCAAAGUGGAAAACCCUAUGAAUUUCAAAGCUACUUUCCUGGAUUCACUCGCGCAAUCUAAUAUCUACGACAACGGCAGGAAGACAGGCUGUCACCGAAUAACAUUUGAGCCUCCUGUGUACUCAUAUUACUGCUGCGGCAGGGAUUUUGAGGACCGCUGUCCCGACUGUUUCGGCAGAGCCGUCAAGCGCAUGAAAGACGGAUGCACCAGCAGAUCUGGAGGGAACGUGUUGUUGGAUAUAUGUUCGCUAAGGUACAAAAGACGUCCUACAAGUCGACGAUAAAGUUCAAGUACAAGAAGAGUUUCACCAUCAUAAAGGGAAAGUUAGAUGCCACUAACUAGUGGAGUGGCGGCUGGUUUUGCACAAGCAAACCUACAUCAUUAAGCAAAUCAAAUGCAUACUUCUGUUGAUAAAUGGAAAACCAGCAGAGGUACGAGCAAUUUUUAUUCCUAGAAAAUAUUUGAGUGGACCGAUGUCCUUGAUGUUGAAUGCAUGCAGCACUUAGUUGAGACUUAAGUAGGUUAAUAACAUCUAAAUCAUCAC